UGGGAAAGUAUUGAUUCAUACAUUUUGUCCCCCCGACGUUUCCAGCUCAGUCGCGCCCGCCUUACUCGUUGUUUUCAGUCAUUGCGCAAUACGUAAAUCGUAACUGUUUUGAAAUUUCAGGGGAUUUGCCGUUUCCUGCUGUAGUUUUCUUGUUGUGGAAUAUUGUGUAGUGGUUUGACGUAGACUCUUGUGCUAAUCGUCGCGGCAGUUUUCGUGUUUUCUAGGCUACGGCCACGAUCAGAAGAUUGCAUUAAGGGCUGAAAGUUCUUGAAUAACUUCAUCAUGUCUGCUUGGCAACCAACACAAACAGGAUACUAUCCAGACCAGGAUCCGAACAAAACUCAAGGAGCAACUGCACCGUUUUAUCCUGGUGGUUAUCCACAGCAACCCUCUUAUCCAGCAUACCCCCAACCCUCUGGGCAACCAGUUGGCCCUCCACCUUAUGGUGCUUUUGUGGCACCACCGAACGCUCCACCUUUUGGUCAAGGCCCACCACCACCUCAGACAAAUAUGUAUGGAGCACCAGGAGCAUAUCCAGAGGAUCCUAUGGGAGAGGAUACUGCAUUCUCCUUCUCUGAUCAGAGUAUUCGCCGUGGUUUCAUAAGGAAGGUGUAUCUUAUUUUGAUGGCACAGCUGUUGGUGACAACUGCUAUCAUUGCAGUAUUCACAUUUCAUGGACCCACCAAAAAAUUUGUCCAUGGCAAUAUUGCUAUAUUCUAUUGUUCAAUGGCUGUCAUGUUUGUAUGCUUAAUUUGCAUGUCAUGUUGUGCCUCAGUGCGACGCAAGGCACCAACAAAUAUAAUCUUCCUGGGUGUCUUUACAUUGGCUGAGAGUUUCAUGCUUGGCACAGCUGCAGCCUCAUUUAGAUCUGAAGAGGUUGUAAUGGCAGCUGGCAUCACUGCCAUAGUUUGCUUUUCCCUUACUAUCUUUGCUCUCCAAACCAAGUGGGACUUCACUGUGCUAGGAGGAGCCUUGUUUGUAGCUGUCAUCAUUCUAUUUGUCUUUGGCAUUAUUGUUGCAUUCAUUCCUAACAAGGCUGCUCAAAUUGCAUAUGCUUCUGCUGGAGCUCUUCUGUUUUCGAUCUAUCUCAUCUAUGACACUCAAAUGAUGAUGGGUGGAAAGCACAAGUACAGUAUUUCGCCAGAGGAGUACAUCUUUGCUGCUCUCAAUCUCUAUCUCGAUAUUAUCAACAUCUUCAUUUACAUCUUGAGCAUCAUUGGCGCAUCACGAGACUAACUUUCAGGUAAAGGUACUUUAAACUGCACCAGUUGGUUGGAAAAGUGAUUAUGUGGACUUGAUAGCUGGUUCCUUUCCUGUUAGGUUUUCUUUGCCUUUAUAUUGUGAUAAUACAGUAAGAUUGACUUCCUCUCCUCUCAGUGGAAAUUACAUUCCCCCUAGGUUUCCAGUAUUUUGGAGGUAUGAUUUGGGGUGAAGUAGACUGGUAUAUUACAUUGAAGUGAAAUCUUUUCUUUCUUUUUCUUUUGCGUUUUUCUGUUUUUCAUUUAUUUUUGAUGAAAGAAAUUGAUGUAUAGAUGUAUAGUAUAUGCUUGUGAAAUAUGCAACUUUACUAAAAAUAUUUUUUAAUCAGACAAUACAUAUUUUGCCUCUGACCUCUGGACUCCUUUGGUGUUUUGUAUCAUGUUAUCUACCAAUAUUGUUUUCUCAUACUGUAGUUGUUUAAGUUUCUGUUUUAAUACUUCUCAUUUUCUGAUUCGCACACAAUAUUGAAAAAUUAGAUAGGAACUUACUCUGCUACUCUGUUGUUGAUUUGGAUGGAAAGAGGUAUCCCAUUAGAGGACUAGGGUAUGGUUUUAACUGGGACUUGGAAGUCAGUCCUUUGUACCUGGUGCAGUUAUAUUCAAAUUUAGUAUCUAGUCUAUUUCCUUUUAAGAACUGUUAGGGAUUUUAUGCGUGUUAAAAAACCCUAAAUGUUUAAGUGUAUUACUUACACAACACAUUCUGACAAACAUACCCAUAUUCUUCUGUCACACCUUUGUGUGUACACAUACCACUUUAUUUUAAGGAUCUUUUUAUUUCUACUUGAUGUCCAAGCUUUUGUGUUGCUUUUAAUCUGAACAAGGUUUACUUUACCUUUCAAAGAGUCUAAAGGGUACAACAUUCUGUAUGCUAUCUAUUUAGCUGUUCUAGUUUGAUGCAUAUGUUAUUUUUUUCUUGUCUCAAGUCUUGAGCCUAAGUUUAUUUGUUACUCAAUCAAAUCAAUAAUUUACUCCUAGAUAUAUUGUCCAGUAUGCCAUUAGCUGUUGCCUCUUCGUGCUUGGUGCCUCAAAUUUAUGAGCCCAUGUACUGUUUCUUUUCUCACUGGUUUCCUAACUCAAUGUUUUUGUUAGGAAUGUUAAGAUUUUUAAUGUACAUGUUGAUAUUAAGACCUGUUGUGAAGUACCUAACAAUCUUUACUAUAAAAUUUGUGUACAUUUUGUUAUGUCAUUCUAAACUAUUUAAAUUUGCCAGGUUCCACAUUCAUAUAUAAUUGGGAUCUACGUAUACUGUCAAUUUGUCCAAAUUUGUAUACACUAGUGAGAGGUGUGAAUGUUCUUGUCAGUGAGAUUGCAUUUUUGAUUGGAUAAACUUUAUUUUUUCCCUGGGUCCAUUUGCUUAAAUGUCAUAACUGAAUGAACAUUUUUGCUUCUUCUCAAGCAGUAUGAGAACUAUGAGACCUUUCGAUGGUGGUGGCAGGGUGGUACUAAUACUAUGGGGUCCCAGGUCCAUCAUUGGGGUCCGUAGGGGCUACGUACACCGGGGUGGGUCUCCUAUGCGAUUGACUCCAAUGAUGGUUGUGUUAUGAUCUCUCUUUGACCCCAUCUAAAGGUCACAUAGUAUAUGCACAACCCCUCAUUGUUGUCUUAUUCAAGAAUUGACAAACCCAAUUGUCAAAUGUAACUAUUGAGCUUUUGGUGGGGUUCAAUUUGUUGUUUAGCAUAGCAAUGAGUUGUGCUUGUAUUUUGAGUUAAUGCCACUUUAUGUGUAAGGCUGUUGUAAAUCCUGGGUGUGUGUGUGUGUGUAUGAUAUGUUGAAUGUUGUGUUGAGGAGAGUGGCAAGUUUUUCUUUUGUUUUUUGUUUUCUGUUAAAUUUGGACUGGUUGACUUACCAGUUUUUGUCUGACGUAUUGGGUUAAGCCUAAUGUAUUAAGUAGAUGAAGCAUUGCACCUUGCAAAAAAAAAAAAAAAAAAAAAUGCUGUGCUUCAGCUAUAUGUAUUUAUUUACUCUAAUUAAAAAUGUUACAUCAUUAAUAA